UCCGGUGCACCCGGGGGCCUCCGGCAGCAGCGGACGGGAUGGGGCCGGGGCUGAUAGGGUGGAAGCGGCGGCCGCUGCUACAAUUGCAGCUUCAGCGGGGGCUGUUACUCUGGAGUCGGCGGCGGCCGUUGCUACAGUUGCAGCAGCUGCAGUUGCGGGCGGCCUCCCGCGCGCUGUCCAGCAGCCUCAGCCCCGGCCCCGGCGGCCUGCGGGGCGAGGUCGACCGCUUCGGAGGCGUUACAGUGCGCUUGGGCCAGCUGCGGCCUGCGGACAGCGUGGAUCCGGCCACCUUCCGGACGUGGCUCCAGGCCUCAAUCCAGCAAUGGCAAGCAGAGGGCAGAAUAGCCAUCUGGCUGCAUGUCCCCAUCUUACAAAGCCAGUUUAUAAGCCCAGCGGCUUCCCUGGGCCUUCGUUUUCACCACGCAGAGUCUGAUGCAUCCCUGAUGACCCUGUGGCUCGGGGAAGGACCCAGCCGCUUGCCAGGCUAUGCCACCCACCAAGUAGGAGUUGCAGGUGCUGUAUUGGAUGAAAACACUGGAAAAGUACUGGUUGUACAAGAUCGAAAUAAAAUGAAAAAUGCAUGGAAGUUUCCAGGAGGUUUGUCAGAGCCUGGAGAGGAUAUUGGAGACACGGCUAUUCGAGAGGUUUUGGAAGAGACUGGCAUCAAGUCAGAAUUCAAAGCCCUCCUAAGUGUCAGGCAGCAACACGGGGCCCCCAACGCAUUCGGGAAGUCUGAUAUGUAUAUUGUCUGCCGCCUAAAGCCGCUUUCCUUCCACAUUAGCUUCUGUCCACACGAGUGCCUGAAGUGUGAGUGGAUGAAUCUCACAGACCUCGUGAAAACAGACAACACAACUCCCAUCACCCGCAGAGUCGCAAAUUUGCUGCUCUACGGGCACAGGGAAGGGUUUGAGAAGAUUGACAUCACCAUGCGGGAGCUCCCCUCUGUCUACACAGGCCUGUUCUACAAACUCUAUCACAGGGAGUUGCCAGAGCUCUAUGAAAAUACAUCUAGAAUGGAUUAAAAUUCACAUUUACAUCCUUUAAUAAUUUAAAAAGAGAUUAUGGGGUAAGAUAAAUGAAUAAUAGACUUUGGAGGAAUGAUCAUUAGACCUGUCUUUUCUACAUUAUUUCUUUAAGGAUAAAUGUGUUUAAAAAUGUGCACAUCUUUAAAAGUUUCUUUUACCAAGGCAGCCAGAAUCAGGAGAAGAGGGGUGUUUCCUUCCCGGUUAGGCUCACCAUGCGUCACAAUGGACACAUCAGUCAUUUCGGGGAUGUUCAGGGUUGUUGUUGUUCCAUAUUGACACCAUGAUUUAACUUACCCCCGGGUAAAUAAAAGCUUACAGUUUGGCCACAGUCAUCCCAAAUGGGCAAACAUGCCCACGUUUCUGCCUUCAUUUUUCCAUCUUCUGCCUCCUUUUGGAAUGGAAGAAGAAACCGGGGCCCCGCGUCAAUCAACUCUUAGCAGACAUGGGGAGGAAAAGAAUGGCUUUCUGCCCCGGUCCGGUCUUGGAUCCAAGCUUGUACUGCCCAGUGCGUUUCAGUGCCACGUACCAAUUGGAAUAUUUCCUCGAGCGAUAAGUGUUGUAGUUGUUGGACUCCAGACGUUCAAAGAAGAAACACUCUUCGGUCACACAUUUCUGAAAAAAUAAAAUGAAACAAAAUGAUUCA